AUGACUGAAAUUCAUAUUGUUGAAAAUGGAUCUGAAGAUGCGAUGGAAGCCUCGAUAGAACAAACUGAUAACAGCUCCGACUUCGUUAACAAUGAAACUGCAAACGACUAUCAAAGAUUUUCUGAACACCAGACACUCGAACAAAAUGAACAGUCGUUUUAUUGUCAUACUUGCAAAAUUAAAUUUGAAAAGGAGCGGUAUUUUAAAACCCAUAUGAAUAUACAUGAGGAAAUUACUGUUAAACAGUUGUAUACAACGUGCUGCUCUGCAAAAUGUUCGUCUAUGUAUCAUCUGUUUCUUCAUAAACGUAAAAAACACGAUAUGUUUAAGAAUAUAAAACGAUUAAAAUACGCGUGUACGAAGUGUAACAGAUUCUUUGCACAUAAUUCGACUUGGGAGAAUCAUAGUAAGAAUAAGUGCCCCAAUAUGACCGAUAAGUGUUGCAAAUAUUGCAAAGCAAAGUUCACGACCAAAUUGAUACUCCACUUGAAGAAGAAACAUCAAAAUAUUUUCUUAGAGCACAAGUGCAAUCGCUGCUAUGCGAUUUUCAAAGAAAAAUUGGAUCUAGUAGAACAUAUACGAGAGAUCCACGAUUUAGAGUCGCCCAAUGAACUCAAUACAAAAGAAAAAUAUGUCUGCAAAUUAUGUGGCAAGAAGUUCAACUCUUCUAGGUUGUGGAAAAAUCAUGAAAGAAUACACACGGUUGCUCUAAGAUAA